GCUAACUUUGGAGUGAAUAGCCCAACCUAGACUCGACUACUCGCUUUCACCAGAGAGGGGAGUCCCAAGCCCAACCCCACGUUUAGGCGUAGGAACAGACCAGACGACUCCUCUACUCUCUCGUAGAAACACUGAACAGGUGGUCAGAAAUGCGUACGUGAGUACCUUUGCCAUGGAGAAAAGAUGAUUUUCCUACACCUUGUGUAUCUUGGAUACUAUUUUUAUAUCGCCAAAGAGAACUGAUGACAAAUAGCUCUUCCCAAAGUAGCAACAGAACGAGCGCUUUCAUUGGAAUCAGAGGGAAUAUCAGGAACUAUGAAAGUCACCGUGUGUUUUGGAAGGACCAGGGUGGUCGUUCCUUGUGGCAAUGGGAAUAUCAAAGUGCACAGUCUCAUCGAGCAAGCAGUAAUGCGAUAUAAGAAAGCAAUUGCCAAGGACCAAGCAUACUGGAUUCAGGUGCACAGGCUGGAACAUGGAGAUGGAGGUAUUCUUGAUCUGGAUGAUGUGCUGUGCGACGUGGCGGAAGAUAAAGAUCGGCUGGUGGCGGUGUAUGAGGAGCAGGAUCCUCACCACGGUGGCGACGGUACAAGUGCCAGCUCCACGGGCACUCAGAGCCCUGACCUGUUUGCGGCCAGCGGUGGAGGUGGUGGCGGAGCGGAGCUCAAUUCUAGCACCAUGUCGGCCUUCCAGCCCUAUCAGGCAGCCAGCGAGAUCGAGGUCACGCCCUCGGCUCUCAGAAGCAACAUGCCCUUGCACGUGCGCCGUAGCAGUGACCCCGCGCUGGCUGCCCUCACUGAAGCCCAGCUGAUACCAGAAGAGCCGUCCAGGAAAAACCCGACGCGCUGGUCCACCACAGCCGGCUUCCUUAAGCCCAGUGCCCACAACACCAUCAGUGGAACCGGCACCAACAGCUUGGAGAGAAAGGGAAAAGGGUUGAACUCCUACCGGAGCCUUCCUCGCGAUGCUGCUGCAUGGGCCACCCAGUUCCAGAGGGAGAAUGCCCGCUCAUCGCUCAGUGCCAACCACCCAAUGGUCGACCGCUGGCUGGAGCGCCAGGAACAGGAAGAGGAGGAAGAAGAGAGAAGAGGGGAGGAGCGGAAUGGCAGAAUUGAGCCAGUUGGACGAGCAGACUCCUGUGUGGAACACCCUCCUGCCUCGUUAGAUGAUAUGCUAGAGCUGAUAGAGGUGUCUAAUGCCGGAGGACCGUUGGGAAUCCACGUAGUGCCAUUCAGUGCCAGAGACCGAAGGACUCUGGGCCUGCUCGUCAAACGGCUGGAGAGUGGAGGGAAGGCGGAGCAGGAGGGCCUGUUCCGCGAGAAUGACUGCAUCGUGCGGAUUAAUCACGGGGAUCUGCGCAACAUCCGAUUCGAACAAGCACAGAACAUGUUCAGACAAGCCAUGCGCACUCCUCUUAUCCUGUUCCACGUGGUGCCUGCCUCAAAGAAAGCCCAGUAUGAGCAGCUGUCCCAGAGUGAGCUGGGUCAUCAGGACUCCGGCCACUUCAGCCCGGACCUCUCUCAGAACUCUGGGGACCGCAACAACGUUGCGGUGGGAAGAAACGGUGGUGCGGGCAUUGAAUUCACCCCGCAACGGAUGUCGAGGAGUGGACCCCACCCCAACGUGAACCCACAGGCCAGUCUAGGCCAUCCGGAGAGGGCAGAUGUCUACCCUCCGGCACCUCUCAGCCCUGUGCUGAAUACUCCAACUAAGACGGCCACCCUCGGGCCGAGCCAGACCCCGAGACCUGUCAGUGCCACUCCCUCCGCCAGCUACUCCAAAAAGAUCGGGCGCAGACUCAACGUGCAGCUCAGAAAAGGUCCUGAGGGCCUGGGUUUCAGCAUCACAUCCCGAGAUGUCCCAAUUGGUGGCUCUGCCCCCAUCUAUGUUAAGAACAUUCUUCCGCGUGGGGCUGCCAUUCAAGAUGGCCGCUUGAAGGCCGGAGACUGCUUACAGGAGGUGAAUGGGGUGGACCUGAAUGGGAAGACUCAGGAGGAAGUUGUUGCUCUGUUGCGCUCAACCCCGAUGGGUGGCACAGUCAGCCUGCUCAUUCACCGCCAAGAGGAUGCAUUUCUGCCCCGAGAAGUGAAGCCAGAGGAGGAUGACCUAGUGUUGACCCCAGAUGGUACACGGGAGUUCCUGACGUUUGACAUUCCUCUAAAUGACUCGGGAUCUGCAGGGUUAGGUGUCAGUGUCAAGGGCAAUCGUUCUAAAGAGAACCAUGCAGACCUGGGCAUCUUUGUCAAGUCUAUAAUCAACGGUGGAGCAGCUUGCAAGGAUGGACGCCUGCAUGUCAAUGACCAGUUGAUUGCUGUCAAUGGAGAGUCCUUGCUGGGCAAGACCAACCAGGAAGCCAUGGAAACACUACGGACAUCCAUGUCCAUUGAGAGUAACAAACGUGGAAUGAUCCAGCUCAUUGUCGCCAGGAGAGUCACUGAAAGAGACGAGGAGCUGCCAUCUGGUGCCUCAGUUCCAGACCUGUCGGCAUCACCACAAGACGACCACGAGAGACGGAUUUCUCAUUCCAUGUACCCUAGCCUGGAUGACCUGGACGAUGACCUCUCUCCCAGGUCCAGCAUGAUGGGCAGGAUGAUGGGUAACUACCAGCUAUCCCCCACUGUCAACAUGCCCCAGGAUGAUACAGUAAUCAUAGAAGAUGAUAGGCCACCUGUCCUGCCCGCCCGCCUGUCUGACCAAUCAUCUUCCAGCUCCCACGAUGAUAUGGGUUUCGCUUUGGAACCACCACCACCCUGGGUGCAAGACAUCCCAAUACCGAAUGAAAGUUCUCUCAGUCCUGACGCAGACCCUGACCUCCACUUCCAGCGGGAGGGUUUUGGCCGCCAGAGCAUGUCUGAGAAGCGUACCAAACAGUUUGGGGAUGCUGCUGCCCAACUAGAAAUCAUCAAGACUCGCAAGUCGAAGAGUAUGGACCUGGUAGCUGACGAGAUUAACCCCAAUUCCUGCACUGAGAGACUGGAAGGAUCCCCAACUCGAGAUGUUGGCCCAUCUCUUGGUCUGAAGAAGUCCAGCUCCCUUGAAAGCCUCCAGACUGCAGUUGCUGAGGUCACCCUCAAUGGAGACAUCCCCUUUCACAGGCCACGCCCACGGAUAAUAAGGGGGAGGGGCUGUAAUGAGAGCUUCCGUGCCGCCAUUGACAAAUCAUAUGAUCGUCCAGGCAUGACCACCACUGCUUCAGAGGAAUAUGACGAAGGCAUGGAAACCUUGGAGGAAGACACAGAAGAGAGUUCCCGCUCUGGCCGUGACUCUGUCUCCACGGCAACUGACCUCACCAUUGCACCUGGCUUUGGCACAGUUAACCCAGACUCUCGGCAGGUCAAUGGAAGCCGUCCGAAAGAAGACAAGAAGAAAGACAAAAGUGUUAAAGAGAAGAAGAAGCCAGACCGAGACAAGGAGAAGGACAAGAACAAAGCCAAGAAAGGGAUGCUGAAGGGCUUGGGAGAUAUGUUCAGGUUUGGCAAGCACAGAAAAGAUGAGAAGCCUGGAGACAAGAUGGAACGCAAGGGGUCUAGUAAGUCCAAGAUGGAGGACACACAGGUCUCGGAGGAGGAGACUCUGCGAAUGCGGCUAGAGCAGGAGAGGAUCCAAGCGAAAACCAGGGAGCUACGUGAGCGUCAGGCCAGAGAAAGGGACUACGCUGAGAUCCAGGACAUCAACCGAACCCUAAGUUCUGAUGAGGAGCAUCCCUAUGCAGGCAUUGGCUCCUUUGACUCCUCCAUGGACAGCGGCCACUAUCAGCGUCCCCAGAGCCCGCAUCAGGACGACUCGCAGCCAGUCGAAGCAGUCUACGCCCAAAUCAACAAGCCCCGCAAUGGCCGGCCUCAGUCUGUCAACAGCAACCGGCUGGCGCCUAGCAACCACGAGCGGAUACAGCGGCUGCGCCACGAGUUCCAGCAGGCCAAGCAUGAGGACGAUCCAGAUGACCGCAGGCGCACGUACAGCUUCGAGCAGCAGCCCUGGGCUAACACAGGUUCCUACACGCAGACUGGGCGGCACUCGGUGUCUGUGGAGAUGCAGAUGCAAAGGCAGAGGCAGGACGACAGUAGAGACGCCUUCCAGCAAACCCAAAGACAGUACAACUCCCUACCACGGCAUCCUCGUAAGAAUCCUAGCACCGUCUCUCAGGAUUCCUGGGAUCGCGUCUACCCGCCAGGAGAAGGCUUCCAGACGGCCAAGGAGAACCCGCGCUACUCCAGCUACCAGGGCUCUCGCAAUGGCUACCUGGGCUCGUCGGGGGGAGGAGGUUUCAACGCGCGCGUGCUUCUGGAGACCCAGGAGCUGCUGCGCCAGGAGCAACGCCGCAAGGAGCAGGAGGCCAAGGCCAAGCUAGAGAGCAGCACGAGCGCCAGCGCCACCCCCAACAGCUACGGAGAGCCCCAGGGGGACGCCUCGCACCCCCACCCCCACCCCUACCCUCACCCCCACUCCCAGUCCCCCUCCCCCUCCCCAGGCCCCCUCACCCCCACCAAAGGGCCCUACCGGCAGGACGUGCCGCCCUCCCCCUCUCAGUUGGCCCGGCUCAACCGGCUCCAGUCUGUGCAGGAGAAAGCGCGGCCAUUUUACUCCUGAGGAGAGAAAGGGAGAGCAGGUUGAGAGCACAGAGAAGAGGAGGAAAGGACUCGCGGAAACCGCAGCAAUAAUGACAUUUGGAAUGAGAACAAGCUUGUGGAGCUAGUGAGCUUCAAAAUUGUGAGAAACAAAAAGCAAUUUUUAUGGGAUAACUGUUUUGUUUUUGUUUAUUUGUUUGUUUAUUUGUUUUUUUAUUAUCUGGUUGUGUUUAAUUCUGCAUCUUCCACUUGUCUGUGAAUUUGUUGUUUUGGGGACUUUGCUUUGUGAAGCUAUUGUUUUGAUACUUUUGUUAACACUACAUCUACCCCCUUCUUCCAUAAUCUGUGCCUUGAUAUGUAUGACUGUAUGCAUGCAUCUAUGUGUGAUGAGGCCACAUGUAAUGUAAUGUAGAAUGCUCUGAAUUUAGAAAGCUGCAGCUUUUUACCCUGACAAUCGGAAUGAUCUUCUAGACGUUCCCUCCAAGGCCUUCCUCUGCAUUUGGACACUCGCACAAGCUUUCCCAUUUCAAGUCCAGCUCAUGAGAGACAUUCAGGAGGUACUGUUCUGUUCUUUAGUGUGCAUGUGGCAGGAGACACGGCAGAUAUUAUCACAUUAACCAUGUGUACUACGCAUUGUGUGUGUGUGUGUGUGUCUGUGUGUGUGUGUGUGUGUGUGUGUCUCUGUGUGUGUCUCUGUCUGUGUGUGUGUGUGUGUGUCUCUGUGUGUGUGUCUGUGUCUCUGUGUCUGAGGGUAUGCACACGCGCCUGCUGUGUUAACUAGCAUGGCUGAACAGUGGGGGGAACCCUUUGGCUGAGGGUCAUGGACGUAAGCCUCCUAGGAAAUCCUCUCAAUCUCAGUCACGCUCUUCACUUUGAUUCAUGGUCAUUGGCUCUUCCCUCUGUGUCUGUUUUCUGUCCCUUCUCCCCACUGUUGUCUGUUCUCCUCUCUGGUCUUCAGACGAAGGUGAUUCCUUAGAUCCUCUUACACCCUGAGUGGCCCCUAUCCUGGGAAUUAAUUUUGUAUAAACAAGGUCAGGGAUGUGUUAUUAAUUAAUGUUACUCAUGAAAAAUUCAUUCAUGUUCACUUGGUUGGGGGUGUGAAAUGUUAGCUUUUGUGUUGUGUAUCGGAUGGCUGUGUGUCACCAUUGCUUUCUGAUGUGUGCACGUAUGUAUCUGAGUGCAAACGUCUGUGUGUGUCUGUGUGCAAAUGUUUGAUUUCUUUGGCCCUCAUCUUGACUUUUGGAUGAGGUUAACGGUACCUUUGGCACAGUCUCCCUGUUAGGGUUGACACUUUUCCAUGCUCAUUGUUUCAUGGUACAGGUUAAUGGGACCCUUCCCACACCGCUGACAUGUAUUAAAUUGCUCGACACAGAGGUGCUCAUGUUUCCACAAUGUAGCCUGAGCCUCAGACCCAGCAAUGCCUAUCGAAACCUUGUUAAACCUACUGCCAUACCAUGACAAAAUUAAGACUUUUGAGUCGAAACGUUUUAACUUUAAUUUGAAUCUACAUUGGACAGGCAUUGUGGGUUUAUGUAUUGUAGGUACAUAUUUGAGUGAGUGUGCUUGGUCUGGGUGUGUACGUGUGUGUGAAUGGGCAGGGCAGUACCUGCCAUACGAUGUUGCUGUGCGUAUGCACAACCACACAGAGAUCAAUAGUUAUCAAUAGUUCAUUUUACCUAGUCACUCUAUGUGUAGAUGGUUUAGAGCAACUGACUUCUCUCUACACCCCCCCCUUAUUUUUCGACCGUUUAAGCUUUAAAUGCUGCCCGUCGAGUUGAUAUUGUACAUAAGCAUGACUGUAAGGAUGCUACAUAUAUGGGACAUCUGAAGCACUGCUUUUGCCAUCUAAAGUCAGAAGCCAUCUAAAAUGAAACAGAAACAGGCACAAAUGGCAGACACUUGCCAACGUUAGGUUUGUAGGUUAUGAGGUGUUGUUUCCUUCUGAGGUGUGUGUGUUUGUGUUUGUGUGCGUGUGCGUGUGCGUGUGUGUGUGUGUGUGUUUGUGUGCGUGUGUGUGUGUGUGUGUGUUUGUGUGCGUGUGUGUGUGUGUUUGUGUGUUUGUUGAUGGUAUGGGAGCACAAAUCCAGCAGCUGUUUUUGGUACUUGUACCCUUUUCAUAUUUCAUAUGGGGUGUUAUAUUUUAGCCCUGGAUGUAGUUCAAGUGCCUUUAAGGGAGAGAUUUUUUAUCAUGUUAUCAUGUCAUCUAAUGCACAUUGUUUUUAUCUACAUGCCAUAAUUGUUUUUUUGUGGGUACGACAAAUUGUUCUUUUGUGUUUUUUUUAUUUCCACAAUGCUUUUUAUUGUAAUCAAUUGAAAAAGAAAUGUAUAUGUAAUUAUGAUCAUAAUAAUAUUAAUAGCGAAGGUGGUAAUCCUCUUCACAUUGUAUUUUAAGGUAUUUUUCAUAGUCUUUUUUUUAUCAAUUAGUUACUACGGUGACCUGAGAGAACUCUUGUCUGCACAGUGCAAUUGGUUUUUUACAACUUUUACUUGGUGUAUUAAAAGUGUAAACAGCAUCUUUCUGUGUACAUAUCAAAUCAAGAAUAAAAAGGAAGGCUGUUUCUUUACAAGUUUACAAUGAA